GGGCUGGACUGAAUAUCUCUGAACUUCACAGGCAAGAGUUAAACAAACACCAUUGAAAUGUUUUCCAGCUAGUCAUGUAACACAUCCAUGCUCAGCGGGACUAAGUUCUAGGACUUUAAACAGCACGACAACCUCACAACUGUUACAGCUUCACGGCGGCGUGUUGAAUGAAUUGGAGGUCACGUCUACAGAAACACAAACACCAUGAACUCCCAGGGCAGCUAUGGCAGCAGCUUGAUGUUUCAGUCCAUCAACGAUGAACUGAACGCAUCUUUGGCCACAGCGGACGAGCUGUCACGGGAGUUCAGCUCUCUCUUGUCAGAAGCCACUCCUGUUGCGCAAACCACUUCUGCAAAGAGUUCCAGUCCCAAAACCCAGGACACCAGCAAUGGCAACAGUGGUUUGUACAGCGCAAACAAGAAUGGAUCUGAGAACAUCAGAACAAACUUCCCCGUUUCCCAGAGCUCAGACUCCACCAUCAACAGGAAAGAAACCAACCUGGACUUGGUCCAAUCAGUCCCCACAAAGCGAUCUCAAUCACCUGUCCUAGACAGCAUGAAGUUUAGGCCUUCAUCUCCCAGUCCUUUAACCCAGCAGCACUCCCCUUUCAUUAUACGUAAAGACAACUCAGAUUCACGAUAUGCGUUUGACCAAAAGAUACCCCCUAAUAUGUCUCCGAAUACACUGAGACGAAUGCCGCAGAGGCCUCAAGAACGAAGCACGAGAGGAUCGCUGAGCUAUGUGGAACUGUCGCCCUUAUCCAGCCCAACAUACGACAGUAUAACAUCUCGCAGCUUGCUUCAACCCUCAUCGAGUCCCAAGUCUUCCAUGAACAGGUCACAGAGGCUGGAUCGAGGUCCUUCGCCUCAGCCUUUUAGUCAACCAUCAGCCAGUACGCUCCCACGCAACUUCCAGUCAUUCAGACCAGAAGAGGGCGUGCAGAGGCAGAAGAACCCCUGGAACGAGACAGACCUGGAUGCAUACGAGAGAAAGCCUCACCACUCCUAUGAUAAGAAUGAGUGGAUCAGACCAGCUGUACCCAACAGCAACUGGAAAGAAUCGAACCUGGAUGCACCUUCCUCCGUCAAGGAGACCGCUCCCCGCUCUCUCCCACCAUCUUACAGCUCGCUCCCGAGAAACACGCGCAUCUCAGUGCCCCCCGACCUCCCCUCAAACCCCAGCUCAGCGUACAGCUCUCAGCAAAUCAUUUCCCGGAUCCCCGUUCCCCCUCCAAACUCUGAAGUCCGUCAGCACAGACCCAUCCCGCUUUCCCUCAUCAUGAGGAUCCAAAACCCUGGAUUCAACAGAUACACCCCUGGCCCAAUGGGACAUCCUCCCAUGCCCCGAGAAUACCCGCGGCACAACCAGACGCCUCAACCUCAGCAAGCGCAAAGACAGCCUCCCUACUAUAGAGAAGACCGUGAUCCAGACCUGGAAACUACUCAGAUACUUCACCCUGGAGAUGUUGAAGCUGAGCUUGAGAAACGAGACACAGGUAAAAAAGAAGGCCCUGUGCUCAUGAAACCAGACGGAGAGGCUAAAGUGGAGGAUUUAGAGAUGCCCCCUCGUCCUCUCAGUCCCACACGUCUUCAGCCAGUGGUGGCUCCCCAGUCGGAGCUGGACACGGAUCUAGACGAAGUGAUGCGCAUCCGGGCCGAGUUCCCCAGGGCCCUGAAGAGACGUGGCUCAGCCGAAGUUCCUCAGCCCCAGUUUGACCUGCCCACUGCCCAGGCCAACCCUUACAAGCUGAUGAUCAAUAAACUGUUUCGCAGGAAGACCAUCCGCAUCAAGGAAGAACCUCAUGCUGAAAGCGCCAGCUCUUCAGAUGGAGAAGAGAGUCCCAAAUCUGCUGUGACGAUAAAUCCAAUGCCAAUCACAGAGAUACAGGUCUCUCCUGAACAGAAGGGUAUUCACACUAUCUUACGGAAGGGCACCAAAGCCAAUAAAUCCUCCGACCGGAGAGCUCACUUGAGCCCGCUGGUUCUGAUUUUGGAUGGGUCCUUGGUAGGAGAGUUGGAAACUGUUCAGAAGGCUGCACAGGAGAUGAGUGACCCGAGCCAGUGUAAUGAUGAAGGCAUCACAGCCCUUCACAAUGCCAUCUGCGGUGGACACUCACAUGUGGUGGAGUUUCUGGUGCGGAUAGGGGCGAACGUUAGCGCUCCGGACAGUCACGGAUGGACGCCCCUGCACUGUGCUGCAUCCUGUAAUGAGCGUGCAAUGUGCGAGUUUCUGGUUCGUAACGGAGCGGCAGUGAUGGCCGUAACAGACAGCGAUGGGGCCACGGCGUCACAGAAGUGUGACCCGUACGCCCCGGGCUUCGAGGAGUGUGAGGGCUUCCUGAGAGGUGUGGAGGAAGCGAUGGGCGUAGAGAACAGUGGGGUGGUGUACGCUCUAUGGGGAUAUCCUGCGCAGGCUCCGGACGAACUGAGCUUCAGAGAAGGGGACAUGGUGACCAUCCUGCAGAAGCCCGAGGGGGUGGACUGGUGGUGGGCUUCACUGUGUGGCAGAGAGGGCUUUGUACCAAACAACUACUUUGGGCUUUUUCCAAAAGUGCGGCCUAAGACGCUCUGCUGAACCCAUCGAACAUAAAAGACAAAAGUGAUCAGUGCAUCUGAAUGCAUCACGCAACCAAGUCUGAACACAGGUUUCACAUGUGGGUUUGAACAUGUCUAUGAUUUUUUUGUCUUCUGUCUUGUAUAAUGGACAGCUCUGAUGGGAUUGUAGUAAAAGUCAGUUCAGUUUUCACUAUAAGAACACCAUGACAAAGUCACUUCACUGGGAAUAGUGGAUAGAUAAGUUUAUAUAGACCUUACCAAUGGUAAAAAUGUCAUUAAGAACAAUUUAUCUUGCUGUCUGUAUCAUUUGAGAUGGGGACUUUGUUUCAUUUUAUAAGCAAACUGGACUGGAUUAGAUAAUAAAUAUAUAAAAGUCUCAUCAUCAGUUUGUUUGGAGAGGCUCAUUCUCUGCCCUGACUAAUGAUUUUCAGCACUGAGCAGAAAGGAAUUCAUCAGUCUUUCAGUAUUGCUUUUUUAUGCAUAUUUUUCACGUUUUGUUAAUCAGUAAUGUUGCAUAAGUGCAAAAAAGGGUUUUUUAGAUAUGCAUUUGAAUAACUAGUGUCCUAACUCAGCUUUAAUUUCUUUUUACAGUAUUGUACACCAAAAUGUUAGCUUUUUAUUUUGGACGUAACCUUUAACUUGCUAUUUCUGUCUGUUUUCAUAGUGACCUUUAUGUAGUAUGAAAUAUGAGUGAAAGUUUUCCUCUCAUAACAAUAUGCUCUCCAUGUGGGUUGUAUAUGAAAUAUUUGCUCUGAUGUGAGGGAAGUUUGCUUUAGAGGUGUGUGUCCGUGAGCGAGUGUUUGUUUGAUUAGCCUUGUUGAAUCCACUGACUGUGACUGUUAAGAAUACAAUGACAAAUUGUUACUCUCUGUAAUACUCUUGCACAAAAGAAACAUGAAUAAAUACUAAUUGUACA